UCGCGAGAUUUUGUGGUUCGGCGUUAACACAGAUCUCCAAAACACAAGUCAGCCUUCAGCCUGGAUUUACUCAAAUGUGACGUGAUAUACAGAUCUACAAAUCACGUCAGAGAAUCCACAGCUGCUGCGGGAAGUUUGUUGCCAGGUGUCUCUGCGCUCCACGAAGCCGAACCGCGGACCAGCAGCAGAACCUGACAGAAGAAGAUGAGCUUCUUAUUCGGGAAUCGCUCGUCUAAGACGUUUAAGCCAAAGAAGAAUAUUCCAGAAGGUUCUCAUCAGUAUGAGCUGCUCAAACACGCCGAAGCCACGCUGGGCAGCGGGAACCUGCGGAUGGCCGUCAUGCUUCCUGACGGAGAAGAUCUGAAUGAAUGGGUGGCCGUCAACACAGUGGAUUUCUUUAACCAGAUUAACAUGCUGUAUGGCACGGUCACAGAUUUCUGCUCCGGGGACAGCUGUCCGGUCAUGUCUGCAGGACCAAAAUAUGAAUAUCAUUGGGCAGAUGGGACCAACAUUAAGAAGCCUAUUAAGUGCUCGGCUCCGAAGUAUAUUGAUUAUCUGAUGACGUGGGUUCAGGACCAGCUGGAUGACGAGACCCUGUUUCCUUCUAAAAUAGGUGUUCCCUUCCCCAAGAACUUCAUGUCUGUGGCCAAAACCAUCCUGAAGCGUUUGUUCAGAGUUUAUGCUCAUAUAUAUCACCAACACUUUGACGCGGUCAUGCAGCUUCAGGAGGAAGCUCACCUCAACACAUCUUUCAAACACUUCAUCUUCUUUGUACAGGAGUUUAACUUGAUCGACCGUAAGGAGCUGGCUCCUCUUCAAGAGCUCAUUGAGAAACUCACUACAAAAGACAGAUAAACUGAGACAAGGAGAGGAAACAGUGUUAACAGUGAAGAAAAACAGUGAUCCUGCGCUCUCUUCUGACUCUCCCUUCUAUCUUUUGCUUUGUACAGAUGAUUUUAACCCCACAGCACUGCUAGGAGAAGUGAAGGAACGGCAAAAUACUAAUAUUUCUAAAUGGAUCAAACCUGAUUUUUGGCUGGAUUUUAUGUCUUUCACAGUAGUUUGGUCACUGUAAGCGAGGGAUUUUAACGAAUGAGAACUGAAAUGCAGACUACGGUGCCUGUGUUGAAGCAGAGAAUAGGUGAUUGGCUUUCUUUGACUAGUGUGAGUGUUAAAGGCAUUUGAUUCUUCAUUGCUGUAAUGCUGACAGCAAAAACAUGGAGUUAAAUAACUUAACUUCCUAUGCAAUAAGAUCUUAUUUGUCCUCACUGAUGUUAUUGGGCAAAAUAGUUUGAAGUCCAUAUCAGAGCUUGUUUUUUCCUUAUAUAUUUCACAUUUAAUAUGUCACUACUAAGGUUCAGAAUACUAAAAAAUGAAGUGUGCAUGCUGGAAUUGCUACUUUGUUGGACCCGCAUUGCUGAUGAGAAGUGUUGGCCUUGACUUUAUAUCUUACGCUGUGCGUCAAAGAGACAAAAAGAAAUGUAUGAUAACAGCUCAGAGUAGCCACAGCUGUUUCAGCUUUUGAGUUUUUCAUAAAGCAUUGAAUUGAUGCAACUGGGUUGCCAAACGUUUCUUAAAUAUUUAACCUGUUUAAUUAUUAAAGCGUUUCAGUGGCACCCAUUUGUUCAUAUACGGUCAGUACAGUUCUGAAAUAUUCAGUAAGCUUUAUGGUUUGGUUGUAUUAGUUGUUAUGGUUAGAAAUUUUCAGCAUUUGGUUCUUAAGUGAAUGACUGUGGGCUUUUUUCUCUGCCUCCAUUUUAACCUUUUUUUCCCCCAUCUCUGUUCUUCUAUUAAUACUUUUAUAAUUGUGUUUAAAAAUCCUGAUUUAGAUUCCUUUCUUCAUGAAUGUAAUAGUUUUACUUCUAAUGGUUUGGACUAUGCGAUCGUGUAAAAGUGCCAACCGCUGAUUAAUAUCAGACAGAGAUGAAGUAUUUAAAGAGCAGUUUUUGUCACUGAAAUGAGAAUAUAUUUUCCCAGUACUGUAUAAUAAUUAGGUUAGAUUAGAUAUUUAAAUAAAUGCAUACGAUUUCCUGAUAUUGUUAUAGUUUACAUUAUUAAAACAAUAUCACUAACUGAUGUUGUUUUUGCUGUACAUAGAGCAAAUAAAAUCCUUCUCAACA